UUUGGAGCAGAGCAGAGCAGAGCAGAGUGUCUGCGCUCCGUCAUUGGCGGAGGAGCGAAAAACUACAGUGAGGAAACGGCUCGGGUUUCAAGGAGGGGGGAGUGACAUUUCUUGAAGGGGCUGGAGAGAGAGAGAUAGAGAGAGAGAGAGAGAGUUAAGGGAGAAGGAGGAGGAAAAGAAGAAAAAAACCCGUAAACCUGACAAAAGCGUCUGAGAAAAGAAGCAGGAUCCUCGGAGAGUCUCGAGGCGGGCGCGAGGAGAACUCGUCUGUGGAGCCAGCCGCCCGCGACGCGCGCGCUCUGACCGGGGAUGUGGACACGAGCGAGUUUUUCCGUCGCCAGUCGCUGAAAACGCUUCGGCUCGCUUCGUUUUUUCUCGGCAGGAGCGCGGUGGACGGAGGCUGUGGCUCUUUUCGGGGAAGCCGAGGGAGACGAGGACGACUCGGCUAGGAAGAAACGGAGAGAGAGAAGGAGGGGAAAAAAGUUUCGGUUACUUUUCAAACGGAUUUCGGGGAUUUUACCGCUGAAAGUGUGCGGCGCCUGCGGAGGAUCCGGGCUGGCAGUGAUUUUGGAAUAGUUUUCGCAGAGAGCCUUUUCUUUUCGGGGGGCGUCUGGACUGCGGGGAAGCGGAGAAGGAGGUGAGCUGUGGGGGAAUAGCUGCCCAUAUGUCCCCGCCUGCCUGCCCUGUUUAUGCGGAUCGGGAUCCUCAGCGCUUCACUCCGUAGCGGUGAUUGGAGGGAUUUCCAGUGAUUGACGGGCCGGGAUAGCCAGACGUUCAUGUUUGGGUGGAGCCCCUCAGAUGGGAUCAGUGUCCAGGGGGAGGUCGAGGAAAGGGGGAUGGGGAGGCACGCCUGCCGCUGACGGGAUGUCCGCCUGGCCGUGGCUUGUGGGUGCGCUCCUGAUUCUGACCCUGGUAACAGCAUCUGUGGCGCGGCCGCCCAUCGUGGCCGGCGAAGAGGAGGAGGCUGCGCUCGCCGAAGAGCCUCCAACCAAAUACGAAAUCUCUAAGCCCACUGUGUGCUCUGUGCACCCGGGGGAACCGCUGCAUCUCAUCUGCCCUCUGCCCGAGGCGGCUGCUAUCGUGUGGACCAAAGAUGGCUCGUCGCUGGGCCCAGACAACCGCACACUCAUAGAGCGGGACUGGCUGCAGAUCCGCGAUGCUACGCCGCGGGAUUCGGGCCUGUACACGUGCAGCGCCGCUGGCACCAAACGUGGCGACACGCUCUGCUUCAUUGUGAACGUCACAGAUGCCAUCUCAUCCGGUGAUGAUGAGGACGACGCGGAGCGGUCAGACGAUGUCGGUGCAGACGGCGAUCAGACGCGGAAGCCGCGCUGGACCAUGCUGGACAGGAUGGAGAAGAAGCUGCACGCUGUUCCAGCGGCCAACACUGUGAAGUUUCGCUGUGCAGCAGCAGGGAAUCCCACGCCUACAAUGCACUGGCUGAAAAACGGCAGACCGUUCCGACAGGAGGACCGCAUGGGUGGUUAUAAGGUCCGACUCCAGCACUGGACCCUGAUCAUGGAGAGCGUGGUUCCCUCUGAUAAAGGCAACUACACCUGCAUAGUGGAGAACAAAUAUGGCUCCAUUAACCACACCUACACCCUGGAUGUAGUCGAGCGCUCACCUCACCGGCCCAUCCUCCAGGCCGGCCUCCCCGCCAAUGCCACUGUACAUGUAGGUGAGGAUGCUCGCUUUGUCUGUAAGGUCUACAGUGAUGCCCAACCUCACAUCCAGUGGCUGCAUCAUAUCACCAAGAACGGCAGUCGCUACGGUCCUGAUGGACAUCCCUUUGUUCGCGUGCUGAAGACGGCAGGUGUAAACACCACGGACAAAGAGAUUGAGGUCCUCUACCUGCCCAACGUCACUUUCGAGGAUGCGGGUGAAUAUACGUGCUUGGCGGGUAACUCUAUUGGGAUCUCCUAUCACACUGCUUGGUUGACGGUUCUUCCAGCUGACUUAGGCAUCGUGGAGCCCGAUUAUCCUCCAGACUAUGUGGAGAUCGCAAUCUACUGCAUAGGUGUCUUCCUCAUUGCCUGCAUGGUGGUGAUCGUGGUCGUAUGCAGAAUGAGGACCUCCACGAAGAAGCCUGACUUUGGAGGGCAGCCCGCGGUGCAUAAACUUACCAAACAGAUUCCUCUGCGCCGCCAGGUAACAGUGUCAGCUGACUCCAGUUCCUCUAUGAGCUCGAGCACACCACUGGUCCGAAUUCUGACCCGCCGAAGCUCUGACCAUGACCAGAUCAUUCCAGAGUACGACCUUCCUGAGGAUCCACGCUGGGAAUUCUCCAGAGAUAAACUGACAUUGGGGAAGCCGUUGGGUGAAGGCUGUUUCGGCCAGGUGGUGAUGGCAGAGGCGCUCGGCAUCGAUAAGGACAAACCCAAAGAGGCUGUGACUGUAGCGGUCAAGAUGCUGAAAGACGAUGCCACAGAGAAAGACCUGUCUGACCUGGUGUCAGAGAUGGAGAUGAUGAAGAUGAUUGGACGACACAAGAACAUCAUCAACUUGCUGGGGGCGUGCACGCAGGACGGCCCUUUAUAUGUCAUAGUGGAGUAUGCCUCCAAAGGAAAUCUGAGGGAGUAUCUGAGGGCCAGGCGGCCUCCGGGGAUGGAGUAUUCAUAUGAUAUAGCCCGUGUGUCUGAUGAACCGCUCACCUUCAAGGACCUGGUUUCCUGCACUUAUCAGGUGGCCAGGGGCAUGGAGUACUUAGCCUCUCAAAAGUGUAUACACAGAGACCUGGCUGCCAGAAACGUAUUGGUCACUGAGAGUAACGUGAUGAAGAUCGCAGACUUCGGCUUGGCCAGGGACGUCCACAACAUUGAUUAUUAUAAAAAGACCACCAAUGGUCGUUUGCCGGUGAAGUGGAUGGCUCCCGAGGCACUGUUCGACCGCGUGUACACGCACCAGAGCGAUGUCUGGUCGUUCGGAGUGCUCAUGUGGGAGAUCUUCACGCUGGGAGGUUCGCCGUACCCAGGUAUUCCUGUGGAAGAGCUCUUCAAACUCCUAAAAGAGGGCCAUCGCAUGGACAAGCCGGCCAACUGCACCAAUGACCUGUAUAUGAUGAUGAAAGACUGUUGGCAUGCCAUCUCCUCGCAGAGGCCCACUUUCAAACAGCUGGUGGAGGACUUGGAUCGCAUCCUCACCUUGGCAACCCAUGAGGAGUAUAUCGACCUGUGCGCCCCCACGGAGCAGUACUCCCCCUGCUUCCCGGACACUCGCAGCUCCUGCUCUUCUGGAGACGACUCUGUCUUCUCCCACGAUCCUUUACCGGACGAGCCAUGCCUCCCCAAGUACCAGCACAUCAACGGGGGCAUCAAAACAUGAGCCACUCCUCUGCAGUCCUUCAGUUCCCCACUCAGCCUUCACACACAAAGCUCCAGUGAGAGACACGUGACUCCUUUAAAGCACCUCUCCCCACCUUCUGCCUCCACGCCUCCCCUUCACCGCUCCUGCUGGACAUACAGAGCGAGGGAGGCGGGACCCCGGCAAUGCUGCUGUCCGAGAAACGAACCGGUGUUCGCAACUUAACGCACGCAAAAACGUACUCACGCACACACUCUCAAAAACGUGACCAAGCUCUUAACGAGAGGACGGAGACCCGACAAUAGUAUUCACCUUUUUUCCCCUUUGACUGAAUAAUUAGUUAUUCCCAAGGGUCCACCUCUUGUAACUUUUGUUUAUUUUUUGGGUUUGUGUUUUUGUUGGACUUGUUCGUCAUUCCAGUCGCUUGGCAUUCCAGGACUCUUCGUUCCCAAGAGAAACAAAACGGAGCACACGAACUUAAAACGAGCAAGAGACUGAGCAAGCUAGAAAAAAAGGAGAAGAAUAGGAAAAAGGAAACAUCCGACUAACAAACAAGGACUAGGAAGAAAAAAAAAUGAAAUAACUACACUGCCUCUGGUCGAUUUUUGUAAAAAUUUCCACGUUCCGUUUUUAUAUUGAUAACACAGUUAUCAAACAAAGCCCAUGCAUUUAUUCGUAUGGAGGAAAAAGUAGUACACGGUAUAUAGUGCUGGGUAUAUUUGUAAAUAUAUUCAAAUAUGUAAAAAAAAUUAUAUAUAUAUUAUAUAUUUACAGUGAAUUAUUUUUUGUAUGGACUUCAGAAUAAUUCCUCCCUCUUUUUAACACCCCGAGUGAAGUCAGGUUACCUGGCAACCUGUUUUCUUUUUUCUACUCUGUCACAUUCCCACACACACACACACACACACACACACACACACACACACAUAUACGCACACACAUACGCACACGAAAACACACGCAACAGGAACACACUUGUCUUACUCUCACUUGCUGACACAGUUGAGUAUUGGCUUUCAGGGAAAGGUAGCAUGUUAAUUUAUUGACUUAAAAUGAAUCAGAAGGAGAAAAAGAUCAAAAUAUUAAAGAGAUAAUAAUAUUAAUGAUGUCAGUAGAUACAAUAAUGAUUCAUAAUGUUUAUUUUUUAAUUUAAAGUGAUAUUUCAGUGAGGCAAUGGUACAAAGGAUUAUUUGUAGUGGGUACUCAAAGAGAUUCGUGCUUCCUAUGUUUUUAUAUACACAAAUGUGAAUAUUAAGUUAAAUAUGAAAUAACGUACAUUUUAUAGUCAGCUAAUCCCUUUUCUUUUGUAGAGGAUUUUUUUUUAUCCAGCUGUUUUACUAUUGCCAAGGUUUGCAUUUGAAUUUGAUAAAUACUGGAUAAAUACUUUGAUGGAGGGAACAAAAAAGACUGAGCCCACUAUCAUUCUGUUCAUUCAGUUACAGGUACAGUUUUUAGACAGAUUCACUCAAGCAGAAGUAUUAAAAUCAUUCAAGUGUUCAUUUUUUUUACCUGACAAACAAGACGAUAUUGUUUUCCACAAGUGUUCCUGACAGAUUCGCAAAAUUAAAGAUGGAAAACUGAAAAUUGA